AUGAAAAAAAUAACCUAAAGUACUUCUUCCACCCUCCUUCCUAAGCGAAGUUUGGCUAAGGCUAAAAGUUAAAAUUAGUUUGAGGAAACUGAUCCAGCCUAACGAGGUAAAGAAAUGAUAUCAGUAUGAAGACAGGAAAAUCAUUCGCAUGAGGAAUGUCGUUGAUUUGGGUGAUGUAUAAGAUGAUUAAAAAAGAAAUCAAAAAAAGAAUGGUAUUUAACACGUGUAAAAAUUUAUUAGAUAAUGAGAUCGAUCCUCUGCUUGAACAACUGGAUCAGUGGCAUGAAAAUAUAGUCUCCAAAAAGAAGAGAUAUGCAUUUGAAUAGAUAAAAUAAAAUGAAAACCAAAAAGCGAUUGAACAUGAAUUUAAUAUUGACAAUGGUCCAUAAAUCAAUUAAAACAUCAUUAACUAAAUCAUGAAGCCAAUUGAGAAAUAAUUUUAGAAAAGUUAAGAAACAAAUGAAGAUGUUCAGGUUAAAUUCCAAAUGCUCAGACCAAGCAAAGAACCAGGCAAUAAUGUACUUAAGACUUUAGAUUAAGUGAAAAUUGAAAUGAAUAAACAAAUUCUAAAUAGUAUACUAUUAUAAAAAGUCACAAAAAGGCUUGAUAUUUUAUAAAUCAAUAGAAAACAUAAGACUAAUUGGAACAUUCAAAAAUUGGAUGAAGAAACGACUCAAGUAUUUAGAGAUUAAUCUCAUGCUCUUAAAUAAAAGACUUUAAACAAUUUUAAAGGGAUUACAGAAUAUUUUAGUAAUCCAGCAUAAUAUAUUGACUAUGACAUUGUACUGACUAAAGCUAAGCACUAUUCAAAUAGGCCACCAACCUCUUUCCCUACAACUCAAAUACCUUAGCAACAAUAAACUUCCUCUUCUGCAAAACAAUUAAUGGAGAGCUAUUAAUUGUUCCAAACGUCAAUUAAGGAACAUAAAAAUAUCUAAUUUUAAAUGAGAAUAGAUAAUAAUUAAUUAGUGUAAGAAUAGAAUCAUUUGGAAGAAGAAGUAUCAGACAUUAGACGCAAAUUUCUUGUGAAAGAAGAGAAGGCAAGAUAAGGUUGGAUCCCUGAUCAACAAUAACUAUAGGUGGAAGGAACAUCUACAAAAAAGAGAAGUUUAAUGGAUACAAUUGAGAAAAUUAGAUAAUAGAGAGAUCAGGAAAUAAGAUAGAGAUUAAAAGAAAUACAGUAAUUGAGGAUAUAAAUGCAAUAGAAUAGUGAAAAAUAGUAAUAAGUCUAGAAGGAAUUAGAGGAUAUGAGAUAGAAAAAGCGUCGUUGUAAAAUGCUUUUAAAAGAUAUCUUUUUAAAGCAAUUGUAGGAGUCUAAUCAUUAAUUUGUUCCUGAAGGACUUGUAAGCAUAAUAAAGAAUAUGAGAAAAAUAAAUGAGAGUGCUAAAUUGGAAUAUUUUCCAAAAUAUUUAGAUGAAACAUCUCAAUAAUAUUUACUUUUAGCUGCACAAUUAGAAAUAGAUAUUGAAGAAACGAGAAUGUUAUCUUAGAAUUAUAAUUCACAAUAAAUUUUACUGCAUUCAAAUUUAGCAAAGCAAACUAUCUCAUCCUAACGCUAACAAAUCAGUGUAUCUUAAUUAAAGAAUCAAGUAAAAAUUCUGUUGAAAAAGAGUAAGGUAUCAAUAAAAAAACCUGUCUUUGUCCAAGGUAUUGAUCCAUUAAAUCCCUCUUCGUUUGCUCCUGUGAUUAAAUGGGAGCAUCAAGAAUUAGAACCUUAGCAAAUGAUUGAACCAAUUGAAAACAAUUUCAAAUGUUAAAAUAUAUCUUCCGAGCGAAAUAAUGUGAUAAAGGAUUAUAAUCAAAAGUUAGUGUAAUUGUAAUAAUAAUUGGAGAGCUCAACCAACGAGGAAUGUAAACGGAUUUUGAAAUACUAUUAGAAUAAGAAAUUAUUAUCUGAUGUGUAAGAGUUAAAGAUGGUAUUGUAUGCUUUAUUUGGUUAAUCAUAAGGAGAUCAAUAGUGGAUUCCCUUUGUGGUAGAUUGGACUGAAUAAAAAUCAUUGAAUCCACAAUAAAUUUUUAGACAGGAUGAACAGCAAAAACAGAGUACUUCUUAAAGAGAUCAGCAUACUCUCCCUGAUAUAAUGAAAACGAAGGUAUCUGAAACAUUCAGAAAAUUGACAGAAGUAACAAAUAUAGAUUAUAAUUUUGAAUUAUAUUAUUGAUAUGUCUUAGAAAUUCUACACCCUUAUUGCAUUUGCAUGUGUGAAUGUGGUUUGCAGUUCUUUCAUUGUUUUUACUUAUUUGGCAUGGAAAGCUGGACGAAAAUCUCCAGGAGAUAUUGUAUUUGCUUUGGGACUAUGCCAAUUAAGUACUUCUAUCUAUUGGAUGAUGUCAAGUCCGGAUGUCAAUACCCCCAGCAAUCCUGAUAAUAACUUAAAUGACACAUCCUUUUGCAAAUGGGUAGAUUUCACCUAGAACUUAGGGUUUUUGGGCUAGUUUAUAUACAAUUUUGCAUAUUGUUUUACAAUGAGGUAAUCGUCAAGAUUAUUUUAGGUAGGAGAUCACAAAUGUGUUGAAAACGAAUGCAAAGUUUAAGUUAUUGCUUCAUUCCUUUUGUUUGGUGUUUACUCUAUGUAUAUCAUUGAUCUUGUUUGCGUUUCACCCUUAAAUAUAAUAAAUGGCAGGUCCAACAACAUUGAAUAGAUGCAUCAACACAAUUAUUUUAGAGAGGAACUAUUUGCCAUUGGCUCUUUAUGUAUUUGAGUUUGUGUACAUCAUAUCAGCACUAUAUACAAUAUGGUACUUCUAUUAGAACCUACCAAAUGAUGUGACAUUUAGAACUAAUAAAAAAUCUUCGCUCAUCAGAUACGUCAUGUAUAUCAUUUCCACAAUAUUUCUGGCGUUGUUCACUCUGCUAAGCACUUUUAUUUAAACAAGUGAACAUCCGUCAUCAUAGCCUGCAAGUUUGGACACAGUGAUGAUGAUAUCAACAUGUUGUUUAUACACUUUGGGUUCUGGAAUUCUGUGUUAUCAGAGAGUGAAGAAUCCUGCUCUGUUGCGCAAGAUAGUUAAUAUGGUUCAUAAAGCAUUCUAUCCUCAACCAAAAAAGGAGGUAGAGAUUGUUGAUGUGGACACGCAAUUCAUUGAAGUGCAGAAAUUUAUCAGAAUGUUUUAGAUUAGAAGUGUUUUAGCUGGGAUUAUCUAGUAUUUUAAUAACAUCGAAGAGUAUUUAGAUAAUGCACAAUUAGAAGAAAAUGUGGAUAAGCCUGAAAGUGAUGUUGAUAGAACUUCACAAUUAUUAAUUUAAAACAGAAAUACUUACAACAAUGAUUUUACAUUAAAUGCUCAUCUGAUUAGAGAAACUUUGAGUGAAGAAUAACUAGCUAUAGCGAAGACUUUAGAGAAAUAUAAAUUAAAUAAUUAAGCUUUAAACAAGGAAUUUAAUUUUUAUGUUAAAGAAACCUAAUACACAAAAGGAAAGAAUCCAAAGAUGUUUGCUUUAGCUCCAAAGUAUUUUUACUAUGUAAUUCUAUCAGUAUAAUGUUUAGUUAUUUAAAUUUGACAACUUAGACAUUGAUGCACAUGAUUCAUUCUCAUUAGAGAAGAAUGCAGAAUUAAUUGAAAAUAUGAUUAACGUGGACGGAGGUAAAUCAGGCGAAUUCUUUUUCUUUAGCUAUGACAACAAAUGGAUUUUGAAAACUAUUACUGAAAGAGAAUUGAAUAGUUUCAGACAAAGGAUGGAAGAAUAUUUUCAUCAUAUGAGUGAAUAUAGGAAAUCUCUGAUAAAUAAAAUUUAUGGGAUCUUCUCUUAUGAUAUGAAUUACAUCUCAUCAAGUUGUGGCAUUAUUUAUCAUAUGGUCUUGAUGAGGAACAUAUCUCAAGUGCCUCGUCCUUUUGUUAAGAGAACCUUUGAUAUGAAGGGUAGUGAAGUUGCAAGAGAAGCAUUGAAGGGUAAACCUAAAGACAUAGAUCUCUCCAAAAUCACUUUGAAGGAUGUGGAUUUUGAUAAUCUUGAAAAAUGGAUUAAGAUAGAAUAAUCCCAAAGUGAUUUUGUGAAAUUCUAACUCAUUAAAGAUGCUGAAUUUUUCAAAAAUACUUAUUUACUUGAUUAUUCUCUCUUGAUAAUGAAGAUAGAUUGGGGGGAGUAUUAAGGUAACGUAGAAAGAUUGGUGGAUCUACCUUAAAAUGCCUAUCCUUCCCAAGAAGAACCUAAUAUCUACUAUCAUAUUGCCAUAAUCGAUUAUCUUUAAGAAUGGAAUUUGUCCAAAAUGGCAGAGAAGGCUUCCAAAUAAUUAUUGGCUAUGAACCCUAAUUUAAAUGUUUCUGCUCAAACUCCAGAAAUAUAUGCUUACAGAUUUAUAAAUAAUCUAGUCAAUAAGAUUUUUAGAUGA